AUGCUCUUGAAGAACUUCCUUGCUCUCUUCGCCAUCGCUGGAAUGGCCGCCGCUCUUCCAGCUGAGGAGUUUGAAGCUAGGGAGUUUGAAGUUGAUGCGCGAGCCAAGCCCCCUCCCCCGCCCCCUCCUCCCCCUCCUCCCCCGCCUAAGUGCCCUCCCGGUAAUCAAUUGUGCUGCUCUAUCGUCCUGGGCAAUAACAUCGGAGUCUUCUGCCAGAAGGGUGAGAUUUUUGUUCUGUCUGAUAUCCAUAUCUGA